CAAUCGUAACCGCUAAAACUGAAUAUCAACAUAAACAUUAACCGUCAUGGAUUCGCAAAAAUGGGUGUGGAUACUUUUGUUUACAUGUUUUUAUUUAAAACCAGUUAUAUCCAGUGAUCUUAAUACCAUAACUUGGUGUACUGUUAGUAAUGCGGAGCAAAGAAAAUGCAAUGACUUCUCAAGAGCUGUCAAUAGGACUGCUAGUUUUAAAGUAAUGCUGUCUUGCCAACAAGCUGCUGAUAAAGAUAAGUGUAUGGAUUUGCUCGAUACUGGUCGAGCUGAUUUGCUUACUCUAGAUCCAGGUGAAGUAUAUAUUGCCGGUCGUUACAACAGUUUAGUCCCUGUGAUGGCGGAAGUGUAUGGUUCAGAGGAAACCUCUGGUUAUUAUGCUGUGGUUGUAGCUCGUGAGUCUUUGAAUAUCAGAACCCUUGCUGAUUUGAGGAAUAAAAAGGCUUGCUUUCCUGGUAUUGGACAAAUGGCGGGCUGGGUCAUUCCAAUCUCUGUACUCAUUGAUAAGGAUAUAAUUGAAGUUAUUGAUUGCAAUAACCUGAUAAAAACAGCUGCCUCAUUUUUUGGUCCUAGUUGUGCACCAAAUUCUCUCAUUGACAAGUAUAAUCCUACAGGUGAUAAUCCAAUGCACAUGUGUGAUCUUUGUGCUGGUGACAAAAGUACACGCUGCUCUGGAAGUGACCCAUAUGCUAAUUUUGAUGGAGCAUUCAAUUGUUUUGUCAAUGGCGGUGAUAUUGCUUUUGUCAAACAUACAACAGUAGAUGAAAUGACUGCUUCCGAAAGUUAUCGUGGUCCUCAUAAAAAUCAAUUGAAACUUAUUUGCCCUACUGGAUUUACUGCUAGUGUAGAUUCGUAUAAGACUUGCAAUUGGGGUUAUGUUCCAUCCCAUGCUGUUGUAACAACUUCAGCUGCUCAUCCAGACAGGAAGUUUCUAUACCAAAGAUUUUUAUCACAAGCUGCAUCAAAAUUUGGAGCACGAUGGAAUGAUGGAGGAGGAAGAAGAUGGCAAGACAACUCAAAUCCAGACACAAUUGGUAGUGCCUUUUCAUUAUUUGCUUAUAAUGAAAAAUAUGAAGGAAGAAAUCUGCUUUUUCAGGAUUUAACUGUUAACUUGAUCCCUCUUGAAGAAAGUCAGCAAACUUUUUCUGGUUAUUUAGGAAGUGUUGAAAAAACUUUUCAACAAAAAUUGCAAAAAUGUCCUAUUCCUUCUGCGAGACUUUGUGUUGUGUCUGAUCAAGAAAUGAAAAAAUGCCAAAAAAUGAAGACAGCAUUUCGAGCUCGAAUGUUAAGACCUGAUCUAGUGUGUAUCAAAGGUUUCAGUCAAAUAAACUGCAUGCAACUCAUAAGAGAAAAUGCAGCUGAUCUUGUAGUGCUAGAUGCUGGAGACAUCUAUCGAGCUGGACAGAAGUAUAAUCUAAUGCCUAUUGUCGCUGAGCAAUAUGAUUUAGAAGAACCAGCUUAUUAUGUCAUUGCUGUUGCAAGGCAGCCUGAUAAGGAUACAGAUCUCCUGUAUUUAAAAGGUAAAAGAUCUUGCCACACUGGUAUUGGAAUGGCUGCAGGUUGGGUGAUUCCUAUGAGUUUUCUUCUAUCCAGUGAAAGAAUGCGAUCAUAUGGAUGUGAUUCCGCACAUGCUGCUGCCGAGUUCUUUCAGAAGAGCUGUGUUCCUGGGGCUUUAUCUCGAGAGUACAGUAUUGUUGGUGAUACACAAUAUAAUACACUUUGUGAUUUAUGUCAUGGUUCAAGUUCAUAUUUUUGCUCUAAAAGUUCUCAUGAACCUUUCUUUGGUCACACGGGUGCCUUGCGUUGCCUUGUUGAAGGAGGAGGUGAGAUUGCAUUUAUGAAGCAUACAACCAUUCUGGAAAACACUGCUGGAAAAAAUCAGGAUUGGUGGUCACGUCCUAUGAUGCCAGAUGAUUUUGAGCUACUGUGUAGGGACGGUACUAGAGCUCCUUAUGAUAGCCAUGAAUAUUGUAAUCUUGGAAAAGUUUCAUCUAAUGCUAUUGUCACAGAUCGAAUGAAACCAAAAGAAUACAUAAAUGCAUAUAUUGAUUUAUUUUUAUAUGCCCAACAAUAUUAUGGUUCAAAGUAUAGUGAAGAAUUUACAUUCAAAAUGUUUGUAUCUGAAGAUGGUUUUAGUGAUUUAAUAUUUCAGGAUGCUACUCAGCAGCUGAAAGUUGUACCUGAAUCCAGAAGAGACUAUCGUGAGUAUUUAGGUCGUGACUUUUUGCAAGCAAUGAGAAUUGUUGAUUGUACUGCAUCAUCAUCAUAUGUAACAGCAUCAAUUUCGAAUAUUUUACUUUUGUUAUUGGCUCUUAUAUUUUGUAAUCAGUAUUUUUCCAUAUAUCGGUGAUUUAAUUUUAGUUGUAUUCAGAUGGCAGGUAUAUUCUUCUCCGUCCAGUCAAAACUGUACAAGUGAUGUUUAUUAGCAGUUAAAUAUUGACUAAAUACAUACCAUUUUAUGUAUUUUUAAAUGUAAGUAUUGCAUGUUAAUUUGUUAUGACCUUGGAAAAUAUGCAUUUUUAUCUGUACUUUU